CCAGGACCAGGAGGAGGACCAGGACCAGGAGGAGGACCAGGACCAGGAGGAGGACCAGGACCAGGAGGAGGACCAGGACCAGGAGGAGGACCAGGACCAGGAGGAGGACCAGGACCAGGACCAGGAGGAGGACCAGGACCAGGAGGAGGACCAGGACCAGGAGGAGGACCAGGACCAGGAGGAGGACCAGGACCAGAUCAGCAUCUGCAGGAUGCUGCUGCUUCCUCCACGGAUUCUGAGAGCUGCUGCAGCCAAUCAGAUCCAGAGAUUCAGAUGCAACAGCACAACUACACAACAGCCAACAAAGACCCGGUUCGGUCCUCUGAGCGACCAGGACCGGAUCUUCACCAACUUAUACGGACGACACGACUGGAGACUGAAGGGAGCUCUGAAACGAGGCGACUGGUUCAAGACCAAGGAGAUCCUCCUGAAGGGCUCCGACUGGAUCCUCAACGAGGUCAAGGUCUCCGGUCUGCGGGGUCGAGGAGGAGCCGGGUUCCCCACCGGCAUGAAGUGGAGCUUCAUGAACAAACCCAGCGACGGCAGGCCAAAGUUUCUGGUGGUGAACGCUGACGAAGGGGAGCCUGGGACCUGUAAGGACCGGGAGAUCAUGCGUCACGACCCCCACAAACUGAUCGAAGGCUGCCUGGUGGCCGGCAGGGCGAUGGGAGCUCGAGCUGCCUACAUCUACAUCAGAGGAGAGUUCUACAACGAGUCCUCCAACCUGCAGGUGGCCAUCAGUGAGGCCUACAGCGCCGGGCUGAUCGGGAAGAACUCCUGCGGUUCUGGUUACAACUUUGACGUCUUUGUGAUGCGAGGCGCCGGAGCGUACAUCUGUGGAGAGGAAACCGCCCUCAUCGAGUCUCUGGAGGGAAAACAGGGGAAACCUCGCCUGAAGCCUCCGUUCCCCGCAGACAUCGGAGUGUUCGGCUGCCCAACAACCGUGUCCAACGUGGAGACGGUUGCCGUGGCGCCCGCCAUCUGUCGCCGGGGCGGCGCCUGGUUCGCCAGCUUCGGCAGGGAGAGGAACUCCGGGACGAAGCUGUUCAACAUCUCGGGUCACGUGAACGCUCCGUGCACGGUGGAGGAGGAAAUGUCGGUUCCCCUCAGGGAGCUCAUAGAGAGGCACGCAGGAGGAGUGAGGGGCGGCUGGGACAACCUGCUGGGGGUGAUCCCAGGAGGCUCGUCCACGCCCAUCAUCCCUCGACACGUCUGCGAUGACGUCCUGAUGGAUUUCGACGACCUGGUUCGGGCCGAGACGGCGCUGGGGACGGCCGCCGUCAUCGUCAUGGACAAAUCGACAGAUGUGAUCCGAGCCGUCGCCCGGCUGGUGGAGUUCUACAAACAUGAGAGUUGUGGGCAGUGCACCCCCUGCAGGGAGGGAGUGGACUGGAUGGAUAAGAUGAUGUGGAGGUUUGUUCGAGGAGACGCUGCAGCUUCAGAGAUCGAUAUGAUCUGGGAGCUCAGCAAGCAGAUCGAAGGCCACACCAUCUGUGCUCUGGGAGACGGAGCUGCCUGGCCGGUGCAGGGUUUGAUCCGACACUUCCGGCCCGUCAUGGAGAAUCGCAUCACUGAGCACAACAAGAAAAACCGUCCGAGAGAGCCGCCUAUCGAGAUGGUCUGAAGCUGGGGAGAAUUUAGUGGUGUUUCUGCAAAGCUCAUCCUGUUUUAGAAACCCCAACCCUACUAAUCCUAA